AUAAUGGCAGCUCGUCAACUGCUGCCGUCUCAUUCUUUGACGAACAUCCCGCUUAUUCCGGAAUCUUUUCAUUUUUCGACAUUGUUUGAUACGUUGAUGUACUGAAAUUCACCGCCUUGGAAGUAACUCAAUCGGUACUCCAUCCAUGGUAUGAAUGUCUUGUAGCGUUUGGUCAUCCUAAGGGAAAUAAUUCACAUUGAUUCAGAAUUGAAACUCGUCGCCGAACUGUGUCUGUGACUGAGGAGCCCACGUGUUGUGUGAAGACGAACUUGUCAUCCGGAAGGAAGCGCGCCCGCGGGAAAGUUUGAAUAGGUGCAUUGAGCGUGCAUGAUCAUCAUAGACCGAUUGCAACGUACCGGUAAUCAGCUGUCCGCUAGCCGAAACUCUCCCGUCAGUCAAAGCCGACUUUGGUGAAGUUGUCAUUACGUGCAAUUCAGGAUGUCAGCCACCCUUUGCUUAGCAGAUGGCACCCAGUAUUCGGGGAAGUUAUUUGGAGCUAACUGCAGUGUUUCUGGAGAAGUUGUUUUCCAGACUGGUAUGGUUGGCUACCCAGAAUCCUUGACAGAUCCUUCCUACAAGUACCAGAUCCUGAUCCUGACCUACCCUCUCAUCGGAAACUAUGGCAUCCCGGCCAACGACAAGGAUGAGUUUGGACUCCCACUCUGGUUUGAGUCAGAGAAGAUUCAUGUGUCUGCACUCAUCGUCGGGGAGCUGUCCGAGUACUACAAUCAUUGGGCGGCUGCCAAGUCGCUCAGUGAUUGGCUAAAAGAACACAACAUUCCUGCCAUACAGGGUAUCGACACGAGAGCCUUGACAAAGAAGAUCAGAGAACAUGGCACAAUGCUUGGAAAGGUGAUUGUUGAAGGCACUAAACCAGAAAGCAUUCCAUUUGAGGAUCCAAACCUUCGAAAUCUCAUCGCUGAGGCUUCUACAACAAAACCAAUGGUUUACAACAAGGGUGCACCAUGUCGAAUCACGGCAAUCGAUUGUGGUAUGAAAUACAACCAGAUCCGUCUCCUUGCUCAGCGAGGGGCCCAGGUGACCGUGGUGCCGUGGGACCACCCUCUUAAUAUUGCAGAUUUUGAUGGUCUGUUUAUCAGCAACGGUCCUGGUGACCCUGCUAUGGCUGAGGUCACCAUCAACAACAUCCGUUCUAUCCUGAAUGGGAACCAGAUUAAACCAGUAUUUGGCAUCUGUAUGGGGCAUCAACUCACCUCUCUUGCUAUCGGAACGAAGGCUUACAAAAUGAAGUACGGGAACCGCGGUCACAACCAACCUUGCACCCACUCCGGUACCGGACGGUGCUACAUCACCACCCAGAACCACGGGUUCGCCAUCGACACCAGCAACCUCCCGGACGGCUGGUCGGUCCUCUUCACCAACGAGAACGACAAGACCAACGAGGGGAUCAUCCACGAUACCAAACCAUUCUACACCGUUCAGUUCCACCCAGAGCAUAUGGGCGGUCCCAGGGACCUUGAGGUGCUCUUCGAUGUCUUCAUGGAUACGGUGAAGGACUACAAGGCAGGCAAGAGUGAGAUAGUAACAGUCAAGCAGAGGAUCCAGGACAUCUUGAACUUCAAGGCGUUACCAGGAACCCCAACACCGGACACCCAACCUCAGAAGGUCCUCAUCUUAGGGUCCGGAGGACUUUCCAUCGGACAGGCUGGAGAGUUUGAUUACUCUGGUUCACAGGCCAUCAAAGCAUUGCGAGAGGAAGGCAUACACACCGUUCUCAUAAACCCCAACAUAGCAACGGUGCAGACAUCCAAGGGUUUGGCGGACAAGGUCUACUUUCUCCCUAUAACGCCAGAAUAUGUGACACAGGUCAUCGAAAGUGAGCGACCGGACGGCAUCCUCCUGACCUUUGGAGGUCAGACUGGUCUCAACUGCGGGGUCAAACUCCAGAAUAGCGGUGUCCUGCAGCGCUACAACGUCAAGGUCCUGGGAACCCCGGUCAAGUCCAUCGAAGACACAGAAGAUAGGAAGGUCUUUGCUGAUCGCAUGCAGGGCAUUGGAGAGAAGGUGGCCCCUAGCUCCGCUGCGUACUCUGUUGAUGAGGCUAUUGAAGCAGCCAAUCACAUCGGCUAUCCUGUCCUCGUCAGAGCGGCAUAUGCCCUGGGAGGACUAGGGUCUGGAUUCGCCAACAACAGUGACGAGCUUCUCAAAUUGGCAAACGCUGCCUUCGCUCACACAACCCAAGUGCUCAUUGACAAGUCAUUGAAGGGAUGGAAGGAGGUGGAGUACGAGGUCGUACGAGACGCUUACGACAAUUGCAUCACCGUUUGCAACAUGGAGAACAUCGACCCUCUUGGAAUCCAUACGGGUGAAUCUAUCGUGGUAGCACCUAGUCAGACCCUGACUAACAUGGAGUAUAACAUGCUGAGGAAGACUGCGAUAAAGGUCAUCAGACAUCUAGGGGUCGUAGGAGAGUGCAAUAUACAGUACGCCCUCAACCCAGAGUCGCACGAGUUUUUUAUCAUCGAGGUGAACGCCAGACUUUCCCGUAGCUCUGCCCUGGCCAGUAAGGCCACUGGGUACCCUCUGGCUUACAUCGCUGCCAAGCUUGCCCUGGGGAUCCCCCUGCCAAAGUUGAAGAACUCUGUCACCAACUCUACCACGGCCUGCUUUGAACCCAGCCUGGACUACUGUGUGGUGAAGAUACCUCGCUGGGAUCUCAAGAAGUUCACCAAAGUCAGUAAGAAGAUUGGUAGUUCGAUGAAGAGUGUCGGAGAGGUGAUGGCUGUUGGAAGAAAGUUUGAAGAGGCAUUUCAGAAAGCCCUUCGCAUGGUGGAUGAGAACGUAACGGGAUUUGACCAUGACAAGAAGAAGGUCUCCGAUGAUGUCCUCAAUCUGCCGACCGAUGAGCGCAUCUUUGUGGUCGCAGCAGCUCUCAAGGCAGGCUACACCAUCGACAAGCUCUACGACCUGACCCGUAUCGACCCGUGGUUCCUCCACAAGUUCAACAACAUCGUCAGCUGUUCCACAGCCCUGGAGACCUCUCCUGGAGAGCCAUCUAAGGAUCUGAUGCUCCAGGCCAAGAAGUUGGGGUUCUCCGAUAAGCAGAUCUCCAGGUGCAUCAUGAGCACUGAGCUAGCAGUCCGCACCCUUCGACAGGGCUAUGGUCUAAAGCCAUUUGUGAAACAGAUCGACACAGUCGCUGCUGAGUGGCCAGCCAGCACCAACUACCUCUAUCUGACCUACAACGGCGACACCCACGACCUUGAUUUCCCCGGAGGUCAUGUGAUGGUGAUCGGUUCAGGGGUGUAUCGUAUUGGGAGCAGCGUGGAGUUUGAUUGGUGCGCUGUUCGCUGCAUCACUGAAAUAAGAGAACAUGGACAUAAGACCAUCAUGAUCAACUACAACCCGGAGACGGUGAGCACGGACUACGACAUGUGCGAUCGGCUGUACUUUGAUGAGAUCUCCUUCGAGACGGUGAUGGAUAUCUAUGAGAGCGAGGAUCCCAGCGGUGUCGUUCUCUCCAUGGGUGGGCAGCUACCUAACAACAUCGCCAUGGCUCUGCACAGACAACAGUGUCGUAUUCUGGGUACUUCCCCCGAGUCAAUCGACAAUGCUGAGAAUCGUUUCAAGUUCUCUCGUAUGCUGGACCAGAUUGGGCUCAACCAGCCCCAGUGGAAGGAACUCACCAAUAUUGAGGCCGCCAAAGAGUUCUGUGAGAGGGUUGGCUAUCCAUGUUUGGUGCGUCCGUCCUACGUAUUGAGCGGUGCUGCUAUGAAUGUUGCCCAUACUCACAAUGAUCUAGAGGGCUUUCUCAGCAGUGCCGUCGCACUCAGCAAGGAGCAUCCCGUCGUCAUCUCAAAGUUCAUCAUGGAAGCCAAGGAAAUUGAUGUGGACGCAGUAGCUCAGGACGGGAAAAUUGUUGCCAUAGCGAUCUCGGAACACGUAGAGAACGCCGGCGUGCACUCGGGAGAUGCAACUCUUGUUACCCCACCCCAAGAUCUGAACCAGGAGACGAUCGUCAAGAUAACUGCCAUCACCGCAGCCAUUGGAGCAAGUCUAGAAGUCAACGGUCCCUACAACCUACAGCUCAUUGCAAAGGACAAUCAACUCAAGGUGAUCGAGUGCAAUCUCAGGGUCUCUCGCUCCUUCCCCUUUGUCUCCAAGACAUUGGAUGUUGACCUGAUUUCCAUUGCGACCAAGGUGAUACUUGGCCAGCGGGUGGAAACCAUCGGCAAGCUGGAAGGCACAGGCCGGGUGGGAGUCAAGGUGCCACAGUUCUCCUUCUCCCGUCUGGCCGGUGCUGACAUGCUUCUAGGUGUGGAGAUGGCCAGUACCGGUGAGGUUGCAUGCUUUGGUGAAGACCGCUUUGAAGCUUACAUGAAGGCAAUGCUGAGCACUGGCUUCAGGAUCCCAAAGAACAAUAUCCUUCUCUCUAUCGGUAGCUACAAGGGGAAAAUGGAACUUCUUCCUGCCGUGAGAACCCUAGCCGCGAUGAACUACAACCUUUAUGCCAGCGUGGGUACGGCAGACUUCUACAAUGAACAUGGUAUCAAGAUCAAAGCUGUUGAAUGGCCAUUUGAAGAGGAGACUCCCGAGCAGAAGAAAGCCAACGGCGACGCCCCACUCAGCAUGCUGGACUGUCUCUCCGAGAAGCACUUUGACAUGGUCAUUAACCUGCCGAUGAGGAACAGCGGAGCGCGUAGAGCCUCUUCCUUCGUCACGAGGGGUUACCGGACACGACGCAUGGCCAUUGACAAAGAGAUCCCGCUUAUUACCGACAUCAAGAAAGCCAAGAUGUUCAUUGAGGCUUUGCGUCGCAUUGGAGGGGCCCCACGGGUCAAGACUCACAUCGACUGUCUCACGUCCAACCGAACCAUCCGUCUUCCUGGCCUCAUUGACGUCCAUGUCCACCUCCGCGAACCUGGGGCAACGCACAAGGAAGACUUUGCCUCUGGAACGGCAGCGGCUCUGGCGGGAGGAAUCACGCUGGUCGGUGCCAUGCCUAACACGUCACCAGCGAUCACGGAUCAGACAUCCUUCCAGCUUGUCAAGAAGCUUGCUCAACUUGGAGCGCGUUGUGAUUACGCCAUCUAUGUCGGAGCGGGACCAGAUAAUUUCAACGAGGUUCCGAUCAUCGGUAACGCCGCCAUGGGGAUGAAGAUGUACCUUAAUAAGACGUUCACUUCACUUAGAUUGGACAAUGUAACAACUUGGAUCGAGCAUCUACAAACCUGGCCCCGUCACCUGCCGUUGGUAGCCCACGCCGAGGGACGAACCACUGCGGCCAUCCUCUUCAUUGCUCAAUCUCUAAAUAGACCCAUUCACAUCGCUCAUGUUGCUAGGAGAGAUGAGAUCGAGGUGGUUAGAAUGGCCAAGGAAUCCGGUAUGCAGGUCACCUGUGAGGUUACUCCGCAUCAUCUCUUCUUGACCGAGGAUGACCUUGAUGUCAUAGGUCAUGAGAGAGGUCAGGUCAAGCCCUGUCUGGUCACUGCCGAUGACCAACAGGCAUUAUGGGAUAAUAUGGACAUCAUUGAUUGCUUCGCUACUGACCACGCCCCGCAUACAGUUGAAGAGAAGAACGGCGAGAACCCGCCCCCAGGCUUCCCCGGUCUUGAGACCAUGCUCCCGCUCUUGCUCACGGCUGUCAAUGAUGGCAGGCUAACUAUUGAGGAUAUAAUCCUACGUCUCCAUACCAACCCCCGGAGGAUCUUCAGCUUGCCGGAGCAGAAGGACACCUACAUCGAGGUAGACCUGGACCAGGUCUGGACCAUACCCACUGCCAUGGCCCACACCAAGAGCAAGUGGACCCCGUUUGCGGGUCGAAAGGUCAAAGGGGCGGUGCGUAGGGUCGUGCUGCGGGGAGAGCUGGCCUAUGUGGAUGGACAGGUGGUUGUAUCACCAGGAUUCGGGAAGGACGUCCGCACCAUGCCGGAGGGUGUACCCACCCCCGCGCCCCUCUCUGUGCAGGUGGCACCUGCCCCACAGAUACUGGGACAGCCAUCCUCUCGUCCCACUUCACGCCCCUCCUCGCCCCACAGGCUGCCCAGAGAGGGUGAGACACGCUUCCAGCUACCUGCCAGGGUUCAUCGACUGUCAGAACCGAGUGAAACCAACUUGAUGUCGCCCCCAAUCAACCCCCCUCAGCCGACCAGGACGGCCUUCGCAUCACCACAGCAGGGUAUGAUGUCCCCCUUUGGUCUUGGGGAUGGACCCCCUCUUACCCCUGUACCGGUGGUGUCUACCGGUGGAUCCUCGUUGACGGGUAAACACAUCCUGAGUGCAGCUCAGAUGACCAAAGAACAGCUUCACAACCUGUUCAACAUCACUCACAACAUGAGGAAGAACUUGGAUUAUUCAAUUCUUAAGGGUAAGGUUGUGAGCCUGAUGUUCUACGAGGGAAGCACAAGGACUUCAUCAUCAUUCCAGGCCGGAACCCAGCGUCUUGGAGGCAGUGUCAUCAAGUUUAAUGAGAGCACCUCAUCUCAUUCCAAAGGAGAGACGCUGUCAGAUACCGUACAGAUGAUGGCUAGCUAUGCUGAUGUAAUAGUCCUUCGUCAUCCUCAGCCUGGGGCAGUAGAAGCAGCCUCUAAGGUCUGUCGCAAACCGAUCAUCAACGCUGGUGACGGAGUCGGGGAGCAUCCAACCCAAGCCCUGCUGGAUAUCUUCGCAAUUCGUGAGGAGAUCGGUACAGUCAAUGGGUUGACGAUCACAAUGGUUGGUGACUUGAAGCACGGUCGCACUGUCCAUUCCCUGGCCAGACUACUGACCCUCUAUCGGGUCAAUCUCCGCUACGUCUCACCGGAUAGUCUCAAGAUGCCGGCCAAGGUCAAGGAGUAUGUCAAGAAUAGAGGCAUUCUACAGGAAGAAUAUGCCACCAUUGAAGAGGCCUUGCCCGAUACAGACGUCCUUUACAUGACACGAAUCCAAAGAGAGAGAUUUGAGAGUAUUGAAGAAUACAAUAAGGUAUCUGGUCACUUCAUCUUGACCACUCAUACAAUGACCAAGGCCAAGGAAAAGAUGGUUGUACUUCACCCUCUUCCCAGGGUUGAUGAAAUCAGCCCUGCUGUCGAUACUGACCCAAGAGCAGCCUACUUCAGGCAAGCAGAAUACGGCAUGUACGUCAGGAUGGCUCUCCUGGCCAUGGUACUUGGCAAGGCAUAGAACCUACAGUGGCCUUUGACAAUAUCAGCAAGACUUCAGCAACAUCAAUAGGAUUCUUUGGUACUUGACAAGACAUCAGGAGUGGACAUAGCCGGAUAAGACACAGUACCUUGGACAGAAAUGGAAUUCCAUCUAAUCUGGUUGGAUUUACUUCUGAAAGGUAUAGAACCUACAGCUGUAUGGUGGACUUUGACAAGAUCAGCAAGACUUCAUUCAACAAGACUUCAGCAGCACCGAUGGGAUUCUUUGGUACUUAGCAUGACAUCAGGAGUGGACAUAGCUGGAUAAGACAUAGUACUUUGGACAGAAAUGGAAUUGCAUCUAACCUGGCUGGAUACUUCUGAAUGGCAGAGAACCUAUAGUGGCCUUUGACAAUAUCAGCAAGACUUCAGCAGCAUCAAUGGGAUUCUUUGGUACUUGACAAAACAUCAGGGAUAGAACAUAGUGUACAAAUAAUAUGAACUGUGAAAUGGAAUUGCAUCUAACCUGGCUGGAUUUGCCAUUAAAAAGCAUAGAUGCUACUGUGACCUUUAACAAUAUCAGCAAGACUUGAGCGGCAUCAUUUUCUCUUUUCUGCUUCAACUAUUGAAUCCUUUGGUAGUUGGUAAGGUUAAGAUCUAAUGUAGCCUUUGACAAUGUCAGCAAUACAUUAGCAGCAUCAAUGUAGAUCUUCACCUCUCUGUUGGGUAUAUUUAUGUUUCGUGACAAUGCCAGUAUGAUUAACCCACUUAGCUCCAGUAGGCUUCGGGACUGCCUGGUACUAGAAGGCAACUGGUUAAGACAGUAAAGUGUCCACUUCUUUUGUUGGGAUUUUUUUUCAAAGGACUUAUUUACAUGUCCUUCAUAGCACUGAUGGCCCCUUUCUGUGAAAAAGCACUUAGCGACACUGCCUUUGUGGCCUUUGAGCAAUGGUAGCGUGGGUCUAGACAAACUAAAUUUAUUGAGUUUUUGUUCAGUCUCCAACAUCAGUAUGCUUUACUUGAAAGUAUGAAAGUUGAGGGGGGAGGGGGAAGGGUCGCACUGUUGUCACAAAAACAUAUAUUAUGUGUGCAUGUAAUGUUUUGCCUAAUAUUCAGUUGUUGUUUUUUUGUCAUCCCUGUACUUCUCAAAGAAGAAAUUGUUGUUCAUAAAUAUCAUAUUGUCCAUGUUAAAAACAAGUCGCUUCCAAAAAUGUUUCACAUUUGCAAUGGUUGUGUGAUAGUUGGUCAAUCAUCAUUAUUCGUUCAUAGUACUUUAAGCCAUCAAUUACUUCAUUAUGUAUUCAAUGUUUUUAAUGACAGUUCUAAUGACAUGCGUAUCAACAAUCAAACUUGACUUUUAAAGUGAAAUGGUUGAGAACAAGGAAAAAGCUUAUAAUGAUAAUAAUAUAGGGUAUUUAUAUUACGCACAUAUCCACCUUGUUAGGUGCUCAAGGCGCUCCUAUAUUACCCGGCUAAGCUAGGCGUUCACAGCGCACACAGCUUCUUAAGGAAUUACUUCCUACCGGUACCCAUUUACCUCGCCUGGGUUGAGUGCAGCACAUUGUGGAUCAGUUUCUUGCCGAAGGAAAUUACGCCAUGGCUGGGAUUCGAACCCAUGACCCUCUGUUUCAAAGUCCGAAGACUAAUCCACUGGGCACCACAAUAAUGCAAUGAUUUACAGGACUGUCAAAAUGUAAAAUAUGAUCAAAGAGGAGAAUCUUUGCCAAAAUGUUGACUAUUGAAUUCUGUCAUUCCCACAGGCUUUGUUCGCGGCCCAACUAUUCACUAGCAUGAUUAGGGAAUGGACUUAUUACCCUCUACUUUUAAUUUGUAAAUUUGCAAAAAGCCUGUACGUGUGCAUAUUCAGUAAUAUUCUGCACUUUUCUCACACACUGUAUGAAUAAACAUUCCAUACAUGUUUAACAAUAGGAAUGGUGAGCACAAAUGAAGGAAUCAAUGUCCUCCAAAUAAAGAUAUUUCGAUCGCCAAUAAAAUUUGGAAUGGUGGCCAGUAAUGCACUUGCAUGAAAUGCAGUCUCCCAAAUCAAAUAUGCAAAUAUUAAAAGUUUAUUUAAGGUGCUAAAACCCAUCAAGUCCUCCAUCAUACAAUGAAUGUUAUAUUCACGGCUGUUUGUAUAUUGUUAGUUGUGCGCAAUCAUGUUUUCAUUUGUAAAGCAAAGAAAAAAGAAAAAUCUGAAAAAAGCAACUGUGAUACUUUUGUUUAAACAUGGAACUAGUCUUUAAGAGAGAAAACAUAAACAGACUGUAUUCAGGUUAUUUGUGGAUUUUAAAAAUCCAUGUUUAUUGUUAUUAUUAUUGCCAUCACAUUGAUUAGUCAUGUGACAUACUCCAGGAGGCAAGCAAGAUGACAGUCAUUCUAAUAGUAUUGUGGCAAUACAUGAUUGGCAGCCAGAGGCUGAUACAGGUUUACCAAAUAUAAGAACAUACGCUGUACGAAGAUAUUAUACUAAGAGUAGAUAAAUUUUAAGAAAUGCCUUCAAUACAUAAUAGAUUAAAUUACACUAAUGGAUUUAGAUUUGGGCCAAAGUGACGCAAUAAUGAAAUAAUUCGUAGAAGAAACUUGCGGUGUAUUCACUAAAGCAUUGUGAUUAUUUAUCUGUAUUUCAUUUCUUAAAAUUUUAUUUGGUAUGUUUGGGGGAUUUUUGCAACCUAUUUUUGUGAAGUCUGAGGCUGUGUAGAAAGCACAUUUGUCAUAGAUUUUAAAGCCUCUGAUCAAGCAAAAAAGUGAAUUUAUAAAAUGCAAUGAAUCUAAAGAUGAGAGUGUAUGAAUUUUUGGAUAUAUGCUGUGUUAUAGGCUGAAAUAGAAAUGAUUUGUGUGGAGAUAUAUAAGAAAAAGUAUAAAACGGAAUUUAAUGAAUAUUGGAAGAAAGUUAGAUGUAUUUGUUUAUUAAUAAUAGUUAUCAAAGAAAUGUAAACAUUGAUCAUAAUUAUCACAUCUGAAUUGAUUCUUAUUUGUUGAAGAAAAGUUGAUAUUGACAGAUUUUUCGUAUGAAAUGAAAUAAAUCUUGGUUGUGCUAUUUGUAAGUUUCUAUAUUUGGAAAUACUGUCUUGGAAUGUAUGUGAUAUGAAGUACUUAAAUUGUGCCUUUUCUACAGUUUACCAUCUGUGUGGUAGUAAAAUGUUAUGUCAGAUAUUAUGCAUGGAAGUAUAAAAGGGAAUGUAUGGAGAAGAGUCAAUUAAGCGUGCAAAGAACCCUUUCUUUAAACAUUUUCCAUUCAAGUAGAAUCUACAUUAGGUAUUGUAUUUUGUUUAAAACAAUCCAUUUAUUCCAUAAGUAUUCUAAUGGAAUUGUAUCUUUAUGCAUCAUUAUCAUUGUUGAGUGAUUAAAUUGUUUUUCAUUGUUGAAUGAUUAAAAAGAGAUGCAUACAUUGAUUUUGAAUUCAGUAUUUGAUCAAGCACAUUCAGUCAGGUAUAACUAAUGGUACAGGGUAUUUCAACAUUGAUCUUCCUUUAGAAUAAUCAUCUUUGCAGCCAUUGAAAUGAAUUUCAAAAUUUCAACCAAAAUUACACGAAGCACAUAUGUGUAAAUAUAUGUUGUCGUUUUUGAAGCACACAUUGUACAUGUAGUUGGUGGAGGGUAUAGCGUAGAAGUUUGAAUUUUUCAGGGUGCACAGCGUGAAAGUGAAGAAACUCAUAAAGAUGCACAAGGAAUAAGGAUUUUUCAUUUUAUCAAAUCAAGUUUUCUUGUAAAAUGUUUCCUUGCUUUCAUUUGUAGUAUUAGGUAUAUGGUGUGGAUUUAUGUUGGUCCUAUUUUUUUCCUAUGAAUUGAUUUACAAAAGCAGCUUAUUUGUAAGUAUAAUUGUAAUGCGAGAAUGCGAAAGUAAACGUGUAACUGUUAGUGUAUUGCAAGGUUUGUUGAUUUGUAAGUAAUGACUCAAUCACCGAUUUAGGUAUUGUUUAUAACUUCUUUUGAAAUGUGUAGGUCAUUGAUAUAAACAUUAUUGUGAAUGAACAUUAAAACUGAUCUGUAGAACAUGAGCUGAAUUCUGUUAAGCGAUUUGACCAAAAUAUCAUGAAAUUGAAACGAGUUUCAAGUACUUUGUGACAUUUCUUGAUUUUCAUUCCCUUUUUAUACAGGUACAAUGUAUUGAUUCAGAUAUUUUUUUUCUUGUUUGCAUUAUUUGUGAAAAUGAAUCCAAUAAUGAAAGUGUGGAAUGUAUUUUAAUUUCUUUUUUUCUUCACAGCAAUCCUAAGCAUAUGUUGGACCAGUGAAAAUAAACUAAAGAAAAAAGUGUAUUUAACUUUUAGUUAUUUACAUGCAAUAAUUAGACGUGUUGAGGUAUACCAGUACUAAGAAUUUGUCCUUCCUUGCAAGCACAACUUCUUGUUACUCAUCAAUAUCAAAUCAUGAAUUUUUGUUCCAAGAAAUUACGAACAUGAAAGAAUGUUGGUUGUAUUCAAGGUACAGAAUAACAUGUUCGACUGUAUGUAUAAAAUUGGCAUGUCAAUUUCAAGAUUUUGAAUCUUGAGUUAGGAAAUUAACAUAAGUAAUGUGAAGAUAUUAAUAGUGUAUUGAUGUGAUGGUCACAGCCAUUUGUGACUAUCAUAUGCAUCAAGUGGGGUUUUCUUUUUGUUUAUUAUUUAUGUUCCAGAAGGCUCGGUGAUAAAGUGUAGAAGUACACAUCGGAAAUCAAUAAAGGCCCUUUUUUGUCUCUCUCGCACAAUAUUGUACUGUUACAUCACAUUCAAUAAAAUAUUGUAUAACACCAAA